AUGGCAGAGAAGGAUAAUCAACAAAUUAGACGCCAUUCAACUCGAAAAGGUCGUACACAAGCACCACCAUCGUUUUUUCAACCGCGAAAAUCUUUAUCAUCGCCGAGCAGUCCGAUUGAUAAAGAAAAUCUGCGAGGUAACUCAUCUCGUGGUCGUCAAUUAUGGAAUCUUGCUGUGGAAAGUGUCCUUGAACAUGAGAAUAGCACUAAUCCGUCGUCAAUAUCAGUGAAUUCAUCUGCAAGUGGAAAUCAACCUAUUGGAUGGUAUAAUUUAACCAAGCGUCCGAUUGAUAAAGAAAAUCUGCGAGGUAACUCAUCUCGUGGUCGUCAAUUAUGGAAUCUUGCUGUGGAAAGUGUCCUUGAACAUGAGAAUAGCACUAAUCCGUCGUCAAUAUCAGUGAAUUCAUCUGCAAGUGGAAAUCAACCUAUUGGAUGGUAUAAUUUAACCAAGCGGUAA